GUGUUGUUUCCGUAACAUCCGGUUAGAGUGUGUCUAAUUCCCCGCCUGUACACAAAACGCCGACGGCUCAUGGGUGCUGUCAAGGCUGUUUUUUUUGUUUUUUUCUGGUGACAAACACAACUAAUCAAUAAUGUCGCUGUCAACUGCACGCUCUUUCCUGUCAGAGGCUUGUUAUGGAGAACAAGAACUUGACGCCAACUCCGCUCUCAUGGAGCUGGACAAAGGGUUGCGGUCGGCUAAGCUGGGAGAGCAGUGCGAGGCUGUGGUGCUCUUCCCCAAACUCUUCCAGAAGUACCCUUUUCCCAUCCUCAUCAACUCUGCAUUUCUGAAGUUAGCAGACAUCUUCAGACUCGGGAACAAUUUUCUGCGCCUCUGUGUGCUGAAAGUAACUCAACAAAGUGAGAAACAUCUCGAAAAGAUCCUUAAUGUUGACGAAUUUGUUAAAAGGGUGUUUUCAGUCAUCCAUAGCAACGACCCUGUGGCCAGAGCCAUCACUCUGAGGAUGCUUGGUAGUUUGGCCUCUAUUAUCCCAGACAGGAAGAAUGCCCACCACAGUAUUCGCCAAAGUCUGGACUCCCAUGACAACGUAGAAGUAGAGGCUGCCAUAUAUGCUGCUGCAAGCUUCUCUGCACAGUCAAAAGACUUUGCAGCGGGGAUUUGCAACAAAGUCAGUGAGAUGAUUCAAGGGUUAGACACUCCAGUGGAACUGAAGCUGAAGUUGAUCCCCAUGCUGCAGCACAUGCAUCACGAUGCCAGCUUGGCCUCCAGCAGCAGAGAGCUUCUCCAGCAUCUGGUAAACUCUUACCCCUCCACCCCCAUGGUCAUCGUCACCCUGCACACCUUCACCCAGCUGGCUGCCUCCUCCCUCAUCGAUAUCCCAAAGCAGCUGCAGCUCCUCCUUCAAUACCUGAAAGAUGACCCAAGAAAAGCUGUGAAAAGACUCGCAAUUAAUGACCUGAAGCUUUUGGCUAAAAAGGCUCCUCACCUUUGGAUCAGAGAAAACACUCAGACCCUGUGUGAAUGUGCCCUGAGCAGCCCUUACAGCAGUUUGAAGCUGGGGAUGUUGGCUGUCCUCUCCACCCUCUCUGGAACAAUUGCAAUCAAGCAAUACUUUAAUAAUUUGACAGGUGGCUCUUCAGUUCCCCUUCGGCUCACUGACCUGGUUAAACUGGCACAAGAAUGCUGUUACCAUAGCAACCUGGCAGUGGCUGCUCAUGGGGUCAUAGUGCUCUCAAACAUCGCCAUCUCCUGUCCAGAAAAAGAUAUAGUACAGUUGGAGCAGGACACAGUUUUGGGCGUGGAGUCCCUUCUGAUGCUUUGCAGUCAGGACAGCAGUCCCAGCUCACAGGCCACACUCAAAACAGCCCUCACCUCAUUGGUCAAACUGCUGAAAAGUCGCCCACAUCUCAGUCAAUCAGCGGUGGAGUUCCUGCUCGGCCAGCUCCAUCUAUCCUGUGACUCCUCACGCGUUCUCAUGUGCCACGCUCUGGCAGCCAUCGCCACCCACCUGCCGGUGUUGGGCGACGGCAUGCUGGGAGAUCUGGUGGAUCUCUACAGAGUGGCCAGUCACUCCUCCACUGACAAGCAGCAAGAGCUUCUGGUUUCCUUGGCAACAGUGAUUUUUGUUGCCAGCCAGUCGUCUCUGUCAGCUGAAGUGAAGACUGUCAUCAAACAGCAGCUGGAGAAUGUUGCUAACGGCUGGACGGUGUACCGCAUCGCACGACAAGCCUCACGCAUGGGAUGCCAUGAGUUCUCCAGCGAGCUGUACCAGAGUCUGCGGACCCGUGUGGCAUCAGAGCACUUCUACUUCUGGCUGAACAGCUUGAAGGAGUUUUCCCAGGCGGAGCAGUGCCUCAGUCACGUGGAGGACGGAGACUACAGUGGAGCCAUGAGUGCCAUCGCCGAGGCCCUGCGCUCCUACCAGAAGGGCAUCGCUUCCCUCACAGCUGCCAGCACUCCUCUGAGCCCGCUCACAUUCCAGUGCGAGUUCAUCAAGCUGCGCAUCGACACCCUGCAAGCCCUGUCGCAGCUCAUUUGUACCUGCAACAGUUUAAAGACCAGCCCUCCUCCGGCCAUUGCAACAACCAUCGCCCUCACCUCAGGCAAUGACCUGCAGCGGUGCGGCCGCAUCGCCAUGCAGAUGAAGGUAUGCAUGGAUGAGUUCAGAAGUCUUGCAGCUCGCUACGCUGAUCUACACCAGUCGUCGUUUGACGCCGACUACGCCACCCUUCGCAAUGUGGAGCUACAACAACAGAGCUGUUUGCUCGUCUCCCAUGUUAUAGAAGCGCUGAUACUGGACCCGCAGGCAGCAAGUUUUCAGGAGUAUGGCACCCUGGGGUCGGUCCAGACAGAGAGUGAAUAUGAGCGACUGAUGAUGUCUGUCUUCACUCAUGUGUUGGAGGAAGUGGAGGGCCUCACCAAGAAACACCCUCCUGUUUCACACUUGCAUACGGGUUGUCUCUGUGAUGCUGUCAUAGCUUUGCUCAAGGUCCCGCUGUCUUUCCAGAGGUACUUCUUCCAAAAGCUCCAGUCAACGAGCAUUAAGCUUGCCCUCUCUCCUUCCCCACGAACGCCGAGUGAACCAAUCCCAGUGCAGAGCAGCCAGCAGCUGACUCUAAAGGUAGAGGGAGUGGUGCAGCAUGGUUCAACGCCAGGACUCUUCAGGAAAAUCCAGUCUGUCUGUCUCAAUGUCACUUCAGUCCUCCAGAGCAAGACAGGACCUGAUUACAAGGUUCCACUCGACACUAAAACUAAUGAGAUCGAGCAGCAGGUGGAACCCCACAACGACUACUUCAGCACGCAGUUCUUGCUGAAUUUCUCCAUCUUGGGCACUCACACCGUCACCGUGGAGGCCUCCGUGGUGGAUGAGAGUGGCAUCGAGUGGAAGACUGGGCCCAAGACGACGGUGUCAGUCAAAUCCCUGGAGGAUCCUUACUCCCAGCAGCUCCGCCAUCAGCUGCAGCAACAGGCUGGAACUCAGCCGGCUCCACAGAGGAGUGCAUACGCUCGCUUCUAGCGAAUGUGUUCUCAGCGUUAAAACUGUUUUUGAUAGUGUUCUUGACUGGUUUUGUAGAAACUGAACAUGUACAUACUUUUUCAAUGAUUAAAAUAACAGAUUUAAAUUGAAUGCUUAAUAUUGUAUGUAAUCCUUCUGAAAUGAUAUUGACGAGGUGUAAGGACACUCUAAUGCACUUUCACAGUACACACAUUAUUGGCCUUAAAUCUGAUCUUUAAAAUGAUC